GGCCAUUUUGUUGUUUGUUCUGUUCGCGACAGUUUGGCUGGGAGUUUGAGAUUUUGAGAUCGUAUUUUAUAAUUAUAACAUCACUCCUUUUCGAAACUUUGAUUGUUAAUAUAUUCCAAUCUGAAGUUGUUAGUGGUGAAGAUAAGGGUGAAGACAUUGAAGUUUAUUGGUCAAAUCGAUCUAAAAAUCUUUGAUGAUGGAAGAGAGCGAGGAGACCAUUUCUCCUGCUAGAAGAACAACUCGUUCAAGAAAGGUAACAAAAACUCCUGUUGUUAAGUCGCCAAAAGCAAAACCGGCCACUAGGCGGACUCGUAAAAAAGUGGUACUCAUGGAGGUAGAAGUCUCAGAUGAAGAGGAGGAAACUCCACAGGAGGUAGAUGUUUCUGAGGAUGAUAAACAGCAGGAAAAUACAGAAAAGGAGAGUCCUGAUUGCACUGAGAAAGAAAGUGAAGAGACAGAAUCCAAGCAAAAAUCUAAAGAAAUGGUAGAUGUGAAUGGCAGUGAAAAUAAUGAUGAUGGAGCUGUACCUGACUCUACAGAGGAUUCUGUUACUGUGGUAUUUAACGAUGUUGAUAUGUUGGAAGGAGCAGAUGAUUCAAACUCCAGAGAUCAAGAUGAUGAAGAUGAUGAGAGUAAUAUUACUGAAUCUAAAGUUGGGAAGAAAUCUGAUGAUAAAAUGGAAGUAGAAACUACAUCAGUGGAAUUAGUAGAUACUACAACAUCAGUGGAAUUGGUAGAAACUAAGAAAACUGCAAUAAAAGAGUCUCUUGAAGCACAUGCUACCAAAGAUGAAAAGAAGGAGCCUCAACCAGUUGUGGCAGAACAAACUGAAACCUCAACAAAAGUAGAUUUAUCUGAAGUGACUAAAGCAAAUGAUGAAAUUAAAAAAGAAUCCAUAGCUGAUAAGCCACAGAAAGAUCCAGUAAUACUUCAUACACCAGAGGUGCAGGAGACAAAAAUGGAAGUUGAUGAGGUACUUGAAGAUAAAAUUGCUGAGCAGAAGGCUGAAAAGAAAACUACUAUCAAAGAUUUAGCACAAAAACAAAUAAGUGCAGAUACAAAAAAAUCUGCUACAGAGGUUGAUGAAAAAGCUGUUGUCAAAGUUGAUGAAAAAGCAGUUGUCAAAGUUGAUGAAAAAGUAGUUGCCAAAGUUGAAGAAGCAGUUAUUAAAGUUGAAGAAAAAGCAGUUGCUGAUGUUGAAGAACAAUCAGUUACAGAAGUUGAAAAAAAAUCAGUUACAAAAGUUGAAGAGAAAGUAGUUGAAGUUGAAGAGAAAGUAGCUAAAGUUGAAGAGAAAGUAGCUAAAGUUGAAGAGAAAGUAGCUAAAGUUGAAGAGAAAGAAGUCAAAGUUGAAGAGAAAGUAGUCAAGGUUGGAGACAAAGCAGUCACUAAAGUUGAAGAGAAACCAGUUACUAAAGUUGAAGAAAAACCAGUAACUGAAGUUCAAGAAAACCCAAUUAGUGGAGUUGAGGAAAAGCCAAUUACUAAAGCGGAAGAAGAACCUAUGUGUGUUGAUGAGGAAAAAAUAAUGCAAGAGGGGGAAAGCAAAACAACUCCAAAAGCGGGAAAAUCAGAGAAUAAAGCUGAGCUUGAAAUGGGAGAUGAAACGAAUGAACAGAAGGAAAGCAUCGAAGAUCAAGCAGAGAAGAACAAUAAACCGGGUGAUACAGAUGCUGAAAACAUUUCUGAAGAUGAAUUACCAGUGGUGCAAGCUGUGAAAGUACCUGAGGCUGAAGAAGUUUCUGAUGAAGAACUUCCAGGUCCAAAAAGAGCGGAAUUGCCCGCUGAUACUGAAGUAGUUUCAGAGGAUGAACUUCCCACAGUGAAAACUGAGACCAAAAAGGAGGGCACCAAACGUAAAUUAGAUGCCACAGAUUAUGAUCCUGGCUCUCCUACGUCUGAAAAUGAGGCUCCCGCGAAAAAACCUUCACUGGAGGCUGCUACCGAAAAAGAAAAGGAUGAGAAACCGAAACCUAAGAAGUUGCCUGAACUGGACAAAUACUGGAAGGCUGUUAAUGAUGAUCCAACUGAUUUCACAGGAUGGACUUACUUAUUGCAGUAUGUGGAUCAAGAGAAUGAUAUGGAGGCCGCGAGAGAAGCAUAUGAUGCAUUUUUAUCUCAUUACCCCUACUGUUAUGGUUAUUGGCGGAAAUAUGCAGACUAUGAAAAAAGGAAGGGCAACAAAAAGAAGUGCGAGGAGGUGUUCGAGAGGGGACUGAAAGCCAUUCCGUUGUCGGUUGAUUUGUGGAUCCACUAUCUGACUUACGUGAAAACGACGCGGACCGAAGACGAGGAAUUCAUCAGGUCACAGUUCGAGAGGGCGCUGACGGCGUGCGGGUUAGAGUUCAGGUCUGACAGGCUGUGGGAGUCCUACAUCAAGUGGGAGACGGAGGGGAAACGGUUAAGGAAAGUGACCGCUAUUUACGACAGAUUAUUGGCCACGCCCACUCAGAGCUAUACCAGUCAUUUUGACAGCUUUCAAGAGCACAUCGCCAACAAUCCGCCGAACAAGGUCAUCGAAGUAGAUGAAUUUCUGGCCCUGCGCAAGGAAGUUAGGCACAUGCUGAAACAUGACGUGACAACAGAUACUGCUGCUGACAAUUCUGAUGCUCCUCCUGGCGACGACGAUCAGACUAAAGUCGUCAGCUCUGAUGAGGAAACCAAGUCCAUCAGAGAAAGGAUCGUUUCAAUAAGGCGUAAAGCUCACAAGGCUACUGUCAAUGCAGUUACGGCAAGAUGGAACUAUGAAGAAGGGAUAAAACGUCCGUAUUUCCAUGUGAAACCUUUGGAGAGGUGUCAGCUCAAAAACUGGCAGGACUAUCUCGAUUAUGAGACUGAACAGGGUGAUCGCAUCCGAGUAAUAGUGUUGUUUGAAAGAUGUCUGAUAGCAUGUGCUUUGUAUGAAGAAUUUUGGCUGAAGUUUGUUCAUUAUUUGGAAACUCUCAAAGACCCAGAACUCCACUCGAAAAUCAGGGAUGUGUACGAAAGAGCCUGUACAAUACACCAUUUGAAGAAGCCCAGUCUCCACUUGCAGUGGGCCAUGUUUGAGGAAAGUGUCGAAAAUCCAAAUAGGGCAGCUGAAAUACUUGUGAAUCUGGAAAAAUCAGUACCCAACAUAUUGCAAAUCGCUUACAGACGAAUAAACCUGGAGCGUAGAAGGUCUGACCACGAAAAGUGUGCACAGCUGUAUGAACAUUACAUAACUAACUCGAAAAACAAGAUGAUCUCCAGUAAUAUAGCCAUCAAGUUUUCCCGGUUUUGCUUCAAAAUAAUGAAGGAUUUUGAGAAGGCCCAGGAAGUGUUGAAGGGAGCUAUAACCAAGGACCCAAACAACCCCAGAUUGUAUUUACAACUCAUCGAUCUCACUUUGCAAAAAGAGAAUGUGACCGAUGCUGAAAUAAUAGAAAUCAUCGACUCGUUUUUGGAUAAGGAGACAACGGAUGUCGAUCAGAAGGUGCUGUUUUCUCAGAGGAAAUUAGAGUAUGUGGAAGACUUUGGGGCAGACGUUCAGUCAGUACAGGCGGCUUAUGAGCAGUAUCAGAAGUGGCUCAAACAGAGCAAGGAUAGCUCCAAGAAAAAGGAAGUCAAAACAGAGGCUGCUUCGUCUUCCAGCAAGAAAGAAAAAAGCGCCACACCAUCAUCCUCUACAACAAAUACCUAUUCGAAUUAUGGUACAUAUGGUAAUUCGUCUGCUCAGCCAUCCUAUCCAUAUUCAGGAUCACAACAGGGACAAAACUACUAUCCUCAGUACGGACAGGGCGACCAACAAUAUCAGUACCAAAACUGGCAGUAUCCUCAAGGGGGUUAUGGGGGUUACAACCAAUGGGGCGGCUACAGUGGGGGGUAUGGAUACUAAAAAAUGUAAAGACUUUUCCAUUUUACUUGUUGACAUCAUUUAUCAUUUCAAUUUAACAGGUGUUACUGAGUGUAAUAUUUAGAUGUUCCAAUAAGGCUAUUAUAAAUUUUCGUAUCAGCACGUUUUAUAAUGUAAUUAUGUUUUUUAGUUUUAUCAAAUUUAGGUCUCUGUAAUUAGUGCCACAAUAAAAGUAAGUGUAACGAA